GUUUGAAGUCGGAGAACCUCACUUUGUGCAAGAACUUGCGCUGCAGAGCGCCUGGUGAAUAUGAUAUGCAGAGCGCGGCUCAGCGGGUGGAGUCGGUGGAUGGUCUUAGGAGCACUACAAGUUGGCGCAUGUUCUCUUCAAGUCAUAGUAGCCUCAGCCCUCACAGCAGUAUCUUUCUUGGCCGAAACCUCGAGAUGCCUCCAAGUUUUCAAGCGCCUUCCGCUCGAGCUGCUUUGGGCACCUCGGUUGCAGCGGCUAUUGCCAUUCUGGCCUUUGUUCUCCUGUGGACCUCACGUCCAGAUCCGGACAGAGUUAAGUCCCACAAAGCAGAGCUGGUCGAUCCUUUGGAUCAAGACAUGUUGAGUUCCGUAGACCUUCGGAAUCAUUUGUCAAAACGCACCGCUUCUAUCCGCUGCAGGAUGGAGCAGCUCACCGGUCAAGCAGGUUAUGAUGUGGAGAGAAUGUUAUCAAGGCUGGCUCCUAGAUCCGACAAGCAUCGUUGUAUGAUUCUGCCUUUGCGGGAGGACUUCACCAUCCGAGAGGUGUCAGUAGACGUUCGCCUUCAAAUUGGCUACGACAUUCAAGGAAAGCACCUCGCAACGAUCCUGAAUCCCCACUCCUUCGAUGAUAUUGACUUUCAAAGUGAGGCUAUGUACCAAGUAUCAGAUGUGGUCGUUUGUCUCGCAAGUGGACCAAGUCCUGCAAAACUUUGCAUGCUUCGUACUGGCUUGCCGGAUCCAGCCUUCUUUGCCAUGAUCACACCCUUUAGUGAGGCUUUGAAUGCUGUGCAGGAACCGCCGGAACCUGCCUCGCCUGGAACUGCACGGCGGAGUGUUUGGGCAGACCUGGAUACAGAUACCAGGAGGACGACCGAUCAGCGUGGCCGACGAAGGAGCUCGCCUGCGGUGAUGGUCAUUGAUGCAGACAGAAAUCCAAGUCCCACACGGAACGCCCCAGUGCUCUCUGCGGUACCAAGUCUGGAAACCUUGCAACGAAAGAGGCAGAAGAAGUUCAAGGUACCCUCGCACUCUUCGCUGAGUGGUUUAAGCGAUAUCAGUCAUGGAAACCAGACGAUGAGUAUGAUGAGGAUUGCAAGCAUCAAGAGCCAACAGGGCAAAACACCAUCGAGGAUGGCGUCAGAUAGCCGUUUGAUCUCCGAGAGCUUGAUUUACAGUAUAGAUUCCUACACCGAUGGACAUAGUUCUGAUGGAUUUUGGGUGAAGGAACUCAGAGAUGUGAACAUUCAGACGGAGGCAUCGACUGCUGACAGCGAGUGCCAAACGGAUCCCAUAUACAGCGGCAUUGGGGCGUUGUGCAGGCGCUGUCAACGGCCACCAAAAAUUCCCAUGAAGCGCCAGGGGAGCGGGAUGUAUAGGAAAAGGCUGAGCAGUGGAGGAGAUCCUGUUGACUUCCUCGACACCAGCGAGGCAUCCGAGGAUUUUGCUGCUCUGAGUCCAGCUGAGGUUCUUAUCCAACGCAUCCAAGGAUUUUGGGUUUUGCACCAAGGUCCCAAGAACACAGCUCCAUGGCUCCAAUCGUUUUUGGUGAGAGGCUCUGAGGCGGAAUCGCAGGAGGAUGCUCUAGAGAUUCGCACGGAAUCUGAGCGGGUCUACAUGGCUGGCGGAGUGACCCUGUGGACUGUUCCAGUUCCGAAGGAUCCACAGCUUGCGGUCAAAAUCACAAAUUCCUGUUGGCUAUUGACAUCAUUGACCCUUGAAAGUCCUUCAAUGUCUCGAUAUCACUCGGACAUGGGUGCUGUCAUGCGAGUCAUGCGGAAUAAGGAGCUCUCGUUGGAUGAGGAUCCGGAUGGGGCUUUGGAAGGGCUUGAUGGUCUUCUUCAUCGAUAUGGACAGUCAGGGACGCAUUUGGUGUACACAAGGCGACAAUGGCACUAUUUGAGUUUCAACGCUGUUGUUCCUCAACCCGAUCUUCGUGCUGCGCGCGUUUGCUUGAAAGCAGAUCGGAAUAUCGGAAUUCGUGAUUUUGCUGGGCAUUGCCAAAGGUAUUCCCGCAGCCAGCUUCGCGCAUGGGCACGCUAAGAGCGAGCUGCGCACCAUUUUGUAAAUGUUUUGGACAGAUUUACUAGCGGAAAAUCA